UUAUUUAUUCCAUGAUUAUUUAACAGGAUGGGGACUGACUAUCAGGGAAGGAAAGACAGAGUAGAGAUGAUAGUGGAUGUGUGUGAAAGUAUAGAUUCUGUGCGAGAACACAAUAUCAGCACACACAAAAAUGCACACCAACCACUGGAGCAUACAGGAAGUGAGUGUGUGAGAAACAGAAGUCACAGAUCAGUUCUAGUGUGUUCGGUGGUGUUGUGUGUUCUUCUACUGACUGCAGUCAUAGUGCUGUGUGUCCUGAUCUAUACAUACAAUCACCAGUUUCACAUCAACAACAAAAACAUCAAAGAAGAGAGAGAUCAACUACUAACCAACAACACAAACCUUAUUAAACAAAAUUCCAAAUUAACUCAAGAGAACAACAGAAUGCUGGAAUGUUUAAAGGAUGGAUGGAUUUACUGUCAAUCCAGCAUGUAUUUCAUUUUAUCUGAAAGAAAGAACUGGAGUGAGAUCAGAAGACUCUGUAGAGAGAGAGGAGCAGAUCUGAUCAUCAUUAACAACAAAGAGGAACAAGACUUUCUUGUGAGAACUUUACACAAAGAGUUAGUCUGGAUUGGUCUGUCUGACAGUGAUGUGGAGGGGAAAUGGAAAUGGGUUGAUGGCAGCACACUGAACAUUAGCUUCUGGGGGUCUGGAGAACCCAUAAGUGGUCCAGGUGUGGACUGCGUUCUGUAUAAUUCAACAGGAUGGAUAACUUACCCAUGUAAUACAAACUUUAUCUCGAUCUGUGAAAAGAGUUGUCUGGAAUGAACCAUUACACUGUGAUGUAUGAUAAUUCAAUAAUUUUGGGUACAUCUUUGCAUUUUGUCAAUCAUUAAGGCAUCUUUAGAAUGGUUGGAGUUAUGUUUGUCUUAAAUAUGUUU